AUGACUUUCUUUAAUUCAAACAAUAGUAAUAUAAGUUUGGAAACGGAAUUGGCAGAAGAUGUGCCUCGUGAUGAGCGCUUGGCUCGAGUUGAAAUAGCCCUUUUGAGCAUCAUAUUUUUCAGUGCCGCAAUGUUAAACUUUGUACUGCUAUUGGUGCUGUGGAAGCGGAGGAAGCAGCUGUCGAGGAUGCGCGUCUUUGUUUUUCACCUUUGCCUGGCAGACCUGGUGGUCACCUUUUUCCAAGUUUGUCCGCAGCUGAUGUGGGAUGUAACGGACAGAUUCAUUGGUCCUGACAUAAUGUGCCGCCUGGUGAAAUACAUGCAGAUUGUUGGCAUGUUUGCCUCCACUUACAUGAUUGUAGUGAUGACCAUUGAUCGCUACCAAGCCAUCUGUAACCCCAUGGUGACUUUCCAAAGGCGCAGAGCGAGCUGGAACGUGCCUGUGUGCGUUGCAUGGUCCGUGUCCCUCUUCGGCAGUCUCCCUCAACUGUUCAUCUUCUCCCGAGUUCAAAUUGCGCCUGGUGUCUAUGACUGCUGGGCUGACUUCAUCAAACCUUGGGGACUAAAAGCUUACGUGACCUGGACCACUCUGGUGAUAUUUGUGUUGCCAGUCUUAACUGUUAUCGUUUGCCAGGUGCGUAUUUGCCGAGCUGUUCAAAUCAACUUUCACAUGAAAACACAUCAAGCAUCGGAAAUUGUCAACAAACCUCUGCACUCCAGGACCAGUAGUGUUGCUGGAGUGUCCAAAGCCAGGAUUAAGACCGUGAAGAUGACUGUGGUUAUUGUUUUUGUCUACAUUAUCUGUUGGACUCCUUUCUUCACUGUCCAGCUGUGGUCUGUCUGGGAUGUCCAAGCACCCACUGAGACUGCAACUUUCUCUAUCCUGAUGCUUCUGGCAAGUCUGAACAGCUGUGCAAACCCCUGCAUCUACCUGCUCUUCAGCGGGAAGCUCCCCAAGAGGCUCAUGGCGGUGUGUGUUAGCCAGUCGGACAUUAAGGACUCCAUACAAGAAGAAGCCACUGUGGUCAGCUCCUUGUACAUCAGUUUUAAAAGCCUUUCCAUAUCCAGAUGA